GAGAAGAAACAGCCAUGGCGAGGUCAAAGGCGAGGGUGUACACUUGUUGCGCACUGAUGCUGCUCUGCGUAGUUGCUAUAAUUGUGUGUGUUGUUGUACUUGUGAGGCGCAAGUGCCCAGCUGGCACUUUCUCAAAAGCUGCAGUGGCCGCAGACUCUGGGAGAUGCUCAGAGAUUGGACGGGACAUUCUUCAGAAAGGCGGUUCGCCAGUAGAUGGAGCCAUUGCCGCGCUGUUGUGCACCUCUAUCAUGAACCCGCAGAGUGCAGGCAUUGGAGGAGGGUGCAUAUUCACUGUGAUGGACAGCUCUGGUAAAGUGAAAAUCAUCAACUCCAGAGAAACUGCCCCCCUAAAGGUGAACCCUGACCUGCUUAAGUCAUGUAACACCACCUUUCAGGUGACUGAAGGCAACAAAUGGAUCGGGGUUCCUGGGGAAAUUCGAGGUUAUGCAGAGGCACACAGGCGUUAUGGGAAGUUGCCGUGGGCCACCCUCUUUGAGCCGACCGUCCGACUGGCCAGAGAAGGGUUCCCUAUUCCUUAUGUCCAAGGUCUAUACAUCCCAUAUGUCGAUACAAGCAGCACCCAGUUACUACGGAAGUUAUAUUCAGAUGAGAACGGGAACCUGCUUAAAAUCGGUGAUAUUGUGAAAUUUGAGAAACUGGCUGAUACUUUGGAGAUGAUUGCAAAGCAGGGGCCAGAUGUGUUUUACAACGGAAGAAUAGCAGAGGAUUUAAUCCGUGACAUACAGCAAGCAGGAGGAACACUCACACUGCAGGACUUGGCAUCAUAUAAAGUUACAGUGACUGAUGCGUGGACUGUUCCUUUGGGAGAGUACCAGAUGUACUUCCCCCCACCCCCUGCAGGAGGAGCCAUCCUUAGCCUCAUCCUCAACAUCAUGAAAGGCUAUAAAAUGAAUUCAGUGCCUCAGACAGCUGAUGAAAAGACAUCAUUUUAUCACCGUUAUAUUGAAGCUUUUAAAUUUGCCAAUGGAUUAAAGAAAUAUAUCCGAGAUCCGAAGUUCAGCUCAGAUGAAAUGGCAAAGAAAUUCACAGAGGAAAGUUUUGCCAACCACAUACGGAGCCUCAUCAGAAGCGACAAGGCUCAUGAUCCCCAGUAUUACAACCUCACCUCGUAUGUGGACAGCUUCAGUACCACACAUGUGUCUGUGCUGGCUGAAGAUGGAUCUGCUGUGUCUGUCACCAGCAGCAUCAACCACAUAUUCGGCUCCAAGAUCUUCUCUCCGAGCACUGGAAUUAUCCUCAACAACCAGCUGUAUGACUUCUGUGGAAGAGCUGAUAGCAUCUCUCCUGGGGAGCAGCCUCCCUCCUCUAUGGCCCCAGUUCUGCUGAAGUCUCAGUCAAAGACCCUGGUGAUUGGAUCGUCUGGUGGGAGUAUGAUCACAACUGGAAUGGCCUCAGCCAUCAUGAACCACCUUUGGUUUGGAAAGAGCCUUGAGGAGGCAAUUGAUACUCCAGUUGUUUUUGUUGACUCUAAAAAUGCGGUAAAGUUUGAACCCAAGUUUGAAAAGGAUGUAAUUGAGGCUCUCGAAGCUCUGGGACACAAUCGUCAAACAACAGCUAGAUUCUACAAUACAGUCAACGCUGUGGAGAAGGAGGACGGCUGUGUCUCAGCAUGGUCUGAUGAAAGGAAAAAAGGCAAAGCAGCUGCUUACUGAGACCAAGAGUCAGUGAUAUUAGUUAUACAGCAUGGCUUUAAGGUUAUAGACACUCACAAAAACCACAAAAUAUGCAGCAGAUGGUAUCUGUACUGCUGGAAAAUCAUUGAACAAGAUGCUGAUUAUCAGUCUUCUUCAGCUGAGUAACUGCAGAAGCAUGUAGUAGUUGAACCCAUGGCCUCUGGACAGAAAUGACUGUAACAGUAACACGAUGGAUUUUGCUGCACAUGAAAAAGCAACAGCCUUAUCUGUGACUGUAUCUGACCUCCUUUCACUCUUCUGCUUAUUUGUGCACAUUCUGACCUCUGGCAUUUCUGCCAUUUCUCCCUUUUCUGGCAUUUCUUAGGUUUCUCAGGUUUCUGUUACAAAGGCAAGGUCAAGACAGGGCAUUGUCCAGCCACAUAUGUACGUAAGUUACAUGAUAGCACACUCCUGGUACAGUGUCUUUUAAAAAGAAAUUGGGUUUUGGGCACCCAGGUGGCUCAGUGGUAGAGCAGGCGACCACAUACAUAUUCCACAUUGCGGUGUGGGCAGCGCAGGUUCGAGUCCUGGCCUGUUGCCAGCGUGUCCUUCCCUGUAUUUUCCCCCCAUUUCCUGUCUCCCUCCACUGCAGACAAAAGCUGCGGUGGCCAAAAAUGCAAAAAAAAAAAAAAAAAAGGGUUUACUGAAAGCAGAA